GCGUAACGCUACGCUUUUAAAAAAAUAAACAUUGGAAAAUAUUCUGAGAAUAUGUUUUUUAAAUUUAUUAAAUAAUUUCAGACUUAAAAUGAUAAAUCUUUAGUGGAAAGUUUAAUUUGUGUUUAUUUUAUGCCAUAUUAGUGAAGGCAACUUUAUAUUACAAUAAUUCCACUUGCAAAAUUUUGACUGAAUAAAUUUUAUAUCAAAUUUCAAUCAAAUUAUCACCAACUCAUCAAAUUUACAAUGCUUCGAUACAUCAAAAAAACACUUCACACAUGGCUGGAAAUUUUAGUUAGAAUUGGACUUAUUUUUUCAUUUAUUAAGCUGGAAUCAGUCGAGCCAUUCAAGAGAAAGAUCUUACCUGACGAAAUUUGGAUUUAUCGAUAUCCAAUAAAACCUUCCUACGUUCCUGUUACAAUUCUAUGGCCCUUAGUAACCGUGCUCCCGACCUUUGUGUUCAUUUUAUUCAAUAUUUGUACCAAGCAAUCAAAAGACUUGAAAGCAGCAGUACUAGGCCAUACUCUCAGUUUUGGACUGAAUGGUGUACUUGUAGAUAUCAUUAAAAUAACUGUUGGACGACCUCGACCAGAUUUCUUUUAUCGAUGUUUUCCUGAUGGUAUUAUGAACUCGGAAAUGAUAUGUACAGGGGAAUAUUGGACGGUUCAGGAUGGCAGAAAAAGUUUUCCUUCGGGUCACAGCUCAUUUUCAUUUGCCACAAUGGGAUUUCUUAGCUUCUACUUAAUGGGAAAACUCAAGAUUUUCUCUGAGGAAGGUCGCGGAAAGAGUUAUCGACUUAUAUUUUGCUUUCUUCCGAUGAUUUUAGCAAUGUUGAUAGCUAUAUCACGAACAAUGGAUUAUCAUCAUUGGAAAGAAGAUGUCGGUAUUGGAUCACUUAUUGGUCUACUCAUUGCUUACAUGUGCUAUCGUCAAUAUUACCCACCACUUACCUGUAAAAAAUCAAAUUUGUCUUAUGAAAUACUUCAACAAAUGAGUGGAAGUAACGAAGAUCUGAUUGAGAAAGAAAUAAAAUGGAUUUAAUUAAAUAAAUUUUCUUUCUUUUUGUUUUGAUUCGAAAAAAUGUAGAAUUUGUCAUUAA